GAAACUAAUUACAAUGAGAUAACACCAUAUUAAGUGCAAAAAGUAGAAUAGAUCAAAAGGAAAAAUUAUCUAUGGAGAUGGGAAGUGGUAGAAUUAAUUGGAUGGCUAUGAUAAUUCUAUGGCUUUUGAUGCCACAAUUACAAGAAGUGAAAAUGGAAGACCAAGUUGUGACAACACCAAAGAUUUAUAGUUGCUGGGGAGGAUGCUAUAAUAAUUGUUUUCUUCUUAAAAAAACUGAUGAUUCUGCUGAUACUUAUCAGUGUUAUUUCAACUGUUUGAACAAAUGCACUGCUUCUUCUUCACCUACUUCUUCAUCAUCUCCUUUUGAUUUUGAGAGUAUUUGCAAAGGUGGUUGUUACUUGGAGAUUUGCAUCCCACUUAGCUUUGUUGGUGCAAAUGUGGGAGAUUGCUUGGGCAGCUGUACAAACCUCUGCAAGAUUUUCAGCACCUUUACAAAGAUGCAACUAGAAGACUAAUCAAUUUGCUUACUGUGUAUUUAAAAACUUCAAAAUUGCUUAGUGAAAUGACCAGCUUACCCUUCAUGUAUUCACGAAUUACCUGUUUGUUUCUUCUCUAUUAAUA